AUCAUGACAGCAGAGCUACGUGAACGACCAAGUGAAAUCACUAGACGUACUAUCGGACCUCUGGACAAGCGCAAAAACACAACGCGCUGCCAGCCUUGUGCGAACCGACGGGUAAAGUGUGACGGGGACCAUCCCUGCGAAAGAUGCGUCCGGACAAAGAAAAUCUGUGCGCCGCAGCGGCUAGAGCAGACAGGAGUGAAAUUCGUCCAUGUAUCGGGACACGAGUUGUCUUGUACACUUCCCAUGCAAGUGCGGAAGCAUGAGGACGCCAUAUAUCUGGAUCACUUCGCAACCUUCCUUCAGCGAUGUCACUUUAGCAAAGACUUUGCUGCCACAAAUGCAGACAUAGUCACUAUCAUUGGCCAAUACCCUCUGCUUUUCAACAUUGCUAUCGCAAUCGGAGCUUUAGAUGCCAGUAGGAAAGGAUCUAUCAGAUCAUUUAGUGAGCUUGAGUCUCCUCGGCAUAUUGCGUUCCUGGCUUGCGGUAGAUCAAUACAAACUCUGCAUUCAGCAAUCCCGAUGGCAAAACCAGUCUUUAGAGAUGACGUGUUUUGGACCGCAUUUCUCCAUGGUCUUUUUGAGCUGAUGGCUGAAAAGUCAGGCGAUUCAUUCGCAAACCACAUGGUUCUCGGUACAUCCAAAAUGCUGCUCCUGUUGGAACCCACAAAUCCACUUUCGUUACCCACGGAGAGCUUGAUCGAUGCUUUUUGGAUUCUUGAGACCAACAGAGCCAUUCUUUAUGGCGACAAUAUUACACUUUCUCCGGACAAAUGGCAGUGGAUUUCGACGCGGGAAAGCUGGCCAGAUUCCAUGAAGAAAAUUCUCAUACUUAUGAUACAAUCUUCCACAUUUGCUAAAAGGUAAGUCAAUUUUACUAACUUUAGCUUAGUGGAUAGAGCUAAA